UUUUUUGGCAAACGCUUGAAAAAAUACUACUCGUAUUCUAGAAGGUGCAGCUGAAUGUAAAGCAGAGGAUUUUCGAUUUCACUGCUAAAACUUUCUGUAGAUCUGCAGAAUCCUCUAAAUUUCUUCAUUCGUCGCUUUCACGCAUCCUGGUUUGCUGUUAUUCUAUUCCGUUAUCAUGAGUUACAGGAGGGAUCACCGAGGCUCGAGGUCUGCCCUUUUUGAUAACAUGGACACCCUUGAAGCGGGUGGACUCAGGGCCUCUUCAUCAUAUUCAAGUGGCUUGGAUGAUCACAACAAUGAGCAAACUAUGGAUAGUUUGCAUGAUAGAGUCAGCUUUUUAAAACGUUUGACGGGGGACAUACAUGAGGAGGUGGAGACUCACAACCGUAUGCUAGAUAGAAUGGGCAAUGCGAUGGAUGCAUCAAGAGGAAUUAUGUCAGGAACAAUGGAUCGUUUCAAAAUGGUGUUUGAAAAGAAAUCAAAUAAGAGAAUCUGCAAACUUGCAGGAUAUUUUGUGAUUUCUUUCUUUGUGCUGUAUUAUGGGAUUAGGAUUCUCUUGUAUUACCUGUAUGGUUAACAUAGGAUUGAAAUGUGGUACGCAUGCUCUCGUGCAUUCUUUUCGUGAUGAAACUCCAGAUGAGGAAUAUGCAAUCUCUAUUUGCAUAAUUGCUGAAGCUAGGAAGUCAUGCCUUGGGACAGGUAUUUGGAAAUUCUGACCUCGUAGCUCCAUCCAUUAAACGGCAUGUCACCAUACCAUUUCAGAACCUAGCUUUUUUUGGUACACCACCAUCUAGCUAUAUUCCAGUCACUGGAUCGGGUAAAUAUAUUCACGUUUCAUGUUCGUUCUCGUUUUCCAAAACUAGUGUUGUUGCUAUUUCCUGUUUAUAGUUGUGUAAAUCACAAAUUCAUCCUUAAAACGAUUGAGUUUCCGGUCACUCAUAUACCGAUUGAUAAA